GUGCCACCCAUUCCCUUUGGAGAAAACUCCGAACAGUGCAUAAGUUGGACGAAUUCGUCAUUGAAUUCUUUUGAGGUACAAAUUCGCGUUAAAACCGUUUUGCCUGGAAGCAGGAAGGCCAGCAGUUUGUGGCAGAAGUGCUGCGCAUUGCGCGUGUGAUAUUUGUAGUAACCGGAAGCGGUUAGAAGUGCCCAAAAUCGGGGAUUGAAGAUCGUGAAAUUCAGACUACCUUCAUUCGCCUUUUUUCUAGUGCGUGGAGUGUUGGAAGAAAGAAGAAGAAGAAUAAUCAUACCAGGACAGCUGAGAAGAAGAAGAAGAACAAGCGAAGCGAAAAAGAGCUAUCAUUGUGUGCGAGUGGUGAAAUCCCAAGCCCGAAGCAAGUUCAUUUCGGUCACAAUCGAUAGGAAGAUUCGCCGUGCGAAACGGAGUGUCCCCUGCGCCCCCGCCAGUGAGAUACUCGGAAAAGUGGACUCCCUAAAAAAACUAUAAUAAAAGACUAAAGUGUGGUUCCAAUCAGUUUUUGCACGUUUCCCAUUAGCCUCCCAGGAACGCAGAAGACAAAAAACCAUACGAACGCUGGUAGUAAUAUGAGUAAUGCUAUUAACCAAAAUGGUACAGGUCUAGAGCAGCAGUUUGCUGGUCUGGACUUGCAGCAGCAGCAGUGCGUGCAAGAUUCGGGUAAUUUGAAAUUAUCGUCUGCUCGUUACGUUCCACCCCAGCUGAGAAGCGGCCGUGGUGGUGGUGGCGGCGGUCCUGAGAACGAUAAUCAAUCCGGCCGUGGAGGUGGUUACGACCGUGGCGGCCGUGGUGGCGACGAUUAUUCCGGAGGAUCAAGAUACGGCAACCGUGACCGCGGCGAUUACUACGGUAACCGUGAUUUCAACCGUGGUCGUGGUGGUGGAGGUGGCGGUGGACGCUACCAGGACGACCGAAGAGAUAAUUUUAACCGAGGUGGUGGUGGCGGCGGUGGUUACAACCGUGGACCCCCACCGGACCGUGCCCCAGAACAAGAUUUGCAACAACAGCAACAACAACAACCGCCGAUUGAGGAAUUCCAGCAAAAUGGUGGUGAACCAGCUAACGAUCCAUUUGUCGAUCGUGGCGAGCAACCGAGAAGCGGUGGUAAUUGGAAUAACAAUGCUCGCGGUGGUCGCCCAGGAGAUUUCCGUGAUCGGCCAAUGGAUAACCGUCCGCCGCAGAACGACAGAUGGCAAGAACCUCCCUCCAACGGAGAGAACCGUGGAGGAUUCGGAGGAGGCGGCUACGGAGGCUACCGCGGCGGAAGAGAUGAUCGCGAACCGCGUAUGGGUGGACGCUGGAACGACCGCUCCAGAGGAGACAUCGACUAUACGCAGCUCACCGAGCGGGAUGAGCGUUUGGAAAGUGAGCUCUUCAAACACGGUAACACCGGUAUCAAUUUCAGCAAGUACGAAGAUAUUCCCGUGGAGGCGACGGGCGAUUCCGUGCCGCAGCAUAUUAACACCUUCGAUGACAUUGAGCUGACAGAGAUCAUCGAUAACAACGUUAAACUAGCGCGCUACGAUGUACCAACACCGGUCCAGAAGUACGCCAUCCCUAUUAUUAUGUCCGGGCGCGAUCUGAUGGCCUGUGCCCAGACCGGAUCUGGCAAAACGGCCGCAUUCCUGGUUCCCAUUUUGAAUCAGAUGUACAAGCAUGGAGUUGCCCCUCCACCGAAUCGUCCCUCCAAUCGGCGCAAGCAGUUCCCACUUGGCUUGGUGUUGGCUCCAACUCGUGAGUUGGCCACACAAAUUUUUGAAGAAUCUAAGAAAUUUUGUUAUCGCUCUCGCAUGCGUCCUUGUGUGCUCUAUGGUGGAAACAAUACCCAGGAACAGAUGCGAGAACUCGAUCGCGGAUGUCAUCUGGUUGUUGCUACGCCGGGACGUUUGGAAGAUAUGAUCAUGCGUGGUAAAGUUGGACUCGACAAUAUUCGUUUCCUGGUUCUUGAUGAGGCCGAUCGUAUGCUGGACAUGGGAUUCGAGCCGCAAAUUCGUCGUAUCGUCGAAGAUAGUAAAAUGCCACCGACCGGUGAACGCCAAACGCUGAUGUUCUCGGCCACGUUCCCGAAAGCAAUCCAGGAACUAGCUAGCGAUUUCCUCCACAAUUACAUCUUCUUGGCCGUUGGCCGUGUUGGAUCCACUUCCGUCAACAUCACCCAGUCGAUCUUCUGGGUAGAUGAGAACGACAAACGCUCACAUUUGCUGGAUUUACUCUCAAACAUCAAAGCACAGAACGAAGGUGACGACCAAGACUGUCUAACGCUAAUUUUCGUGGAAACUAAGAAAUCCGCCGAUUCGCUGGAAGAAUUCCUGUACAACUACAACCACCCCGUCACCAGCAUUCACGGUGACCGUACGCAAAAGGAACGCGAGGACGCGCUGAAGUGUUUCCGCUCCGGACGUUGCCCGGUUCUAGUGGCAACGGCCGUGGCCGCCCGCGGUCUGGAUAUCCCGAACGUCAAACAUGUUAUCAACUUUGACUUGCCUGCGGAAAUCGAAGAAUACGUACACCGUAUUGGUCGUACCGGACGUAUGGGUAAUCUUGGAAUCGCAACCAGCUUCUUCAACGACAAGAACCGUAACGUGGCCAAUGGAUUGGUUAGAUUGCUGCAGGAAACCCAGCAGGAGAUUCCGUCAUUCCUGGAAGAUAUGACCAGUGAUCGUUCAUGGGGCAGCCGUGGCCGUGGAGGCGGCGGUCGCAAUCAGCGUUAUGGCGGAUCGAGUUCUACCUUCGGUUCCAGGGAUUACCGUCAACAAAGCAACCGGGGCAAUACGCGUGAUCAGAGAAGCGGAGGCGGCGGCGGCGGCGGUGGCCGAAGCGGUGGUUUUGGCGGAGGUGGCGGCGGCGGCGGAUACGGUCGUGACGAUGGAAGUUACUACCGCAAUGGAGGCGGUGGUGGCGGUGGCGGCGGCGGCGGUGGCAGUUAUGGCGGCAGCUACAGCAACAGCGGUGCCGCCAGCGAUUGGUGGAACGUGUAAGGCAUCAAUUUCCGCGUCGGAGAACCGGGAAUUCAAUUUCCAACAGGCUUAUGGAAAUUACUUUGAAAAAUGAAAGAAUACACACACAACAUCUAAAACAUACAUAGUACACUGCAGAUACAAAUGAACCCACACUAAAUUAUCGUUACAAAAAUGCAAAAGAAAAAAGAAAUGGAAUAGUUUAUAUCCAGACAACCAUGAGAAUAGAGAAAAUGUCAUCAUUCUAAACAAACUACGUUUCUUUUCAAUCUAUACAGCCGGCUUAAUGGAGUAGAGGAAAAACAUGAAGAAAGGCAUUGAACCUUUAAUCAAUUUGCAUAAAGGCAAAUAUAAAGUUAAUAAAACAUAUUAUUUAUAUUGAUCUAAUUAACCAACAGACACGAUUUUAAACAACAUACUACAACAGGCUCGCUUGAAAUUGAAAACUGAACAUUCGAACAUGGAUUGCAAGCAAAACAAAACAAUAAAUCUGGAAAACAUUCUUCACAAACAUACAUGCAAAUAUAUACACCGGAAACAAAAAAAAAUCAAGAUUAUGCGACAAAAAAACCAUAAUGGAAAAUUAAACAUCCGUUGGGCAAAAAAUAAGGGUUACCUUCGCGGAAAUUCUGCCAAUCGCUUCUUCCAAAACCGUUGAUUCUAUUCUGAACGGGUUAACUAAAACACACACGAACUCGAACUCGAGAACUGUGAGGUGAAUUUGGGACACGCGCGGUGAUACAUUACACAAAGUACUAUUUAAAAAAAGAAACGAACAAGAAGUGAUAUAGUGCAGAACGAAAAGGACUGUCUGUAAACAUCAGAACUAGGAAAGUAUAAAAAAUGGUAGAAUUGGUAUAACAUCGUCAAGCACAGAACUAAAUUGGAAAGCAUAAACAUUUGAUAAGAAAAAAAAACACACAAUUGUUGCACUUUUUCCAAGUACUAACUUCAAUAAUAGAAAGAACUACUAUGCUGACAGGAUAACACAAGAAACAUAGCAACAACAAAGGAUAAAAUAGACAAUUCUAUGCAGAAGGUAAACAAGAAAAA